GAAGAAGACAAACCGGAUGUUUUGGCUACAAGCUGGCUAACAUUCAUGACGGAUUUUCCCAGAAGUUACACAUGUAUUUCUCUCAGCCGUUUAAAUAACUAAAGAUACUCUGGUAUUUCGUACAGUAAAUACUACGAUUUGUCCGUAUAUUUGCUGUUUCGUGAGCUCUGUUUUAAGACGUAGUUUAAUUGUGCUAUUUUUAUUUUACUUCGAGUUUUCUGAAUUGAACGACAACUUUUUUUCAUUUCCCAUCCAAAUAAAACUAUGGUUAUUUUUCAAGCCUCCAAUAAGAAAGAAAACUUUGACGACGAAUUUUGAGUUGGAACAGCCAGAAGAGAAUGUUUAUUUUCAUUUAAAUACACCGUGUGAAAUACACCGAGAAGAAAAAUGUCAAAACAUUUCAAAAAGAGAAAACUAAAUAGAUUAUCUUCAUCUUCAGGCGAAGAAGAAGCGAGUUCAAACUGCCAAAAUGAUGCCUCCAAAAGGAAAAGUCACAAAAGAAAAAAUGACGAAAUGGAUCGAAAGAGCUCUAAAAAGGAACAGAAAAAAUCUCAUCAAGUUGACUCCCAAAGCUCCCGCCAGAUAGCAAAACCUGUUUACAGACUGUCAACAACGAAGGAACAGCAGAAAGUCUCUCCUAAAGAAGUGCAGGUUAAAAACAAUGGAUCCUUGCAAUUACAUGGUGAAGGCCAAUCCAGUAUAUCUACAACAACUAGGGAAAUUAAAACUGUGACAAGGGACCAGUCAAAGUCCAAUAAGGCAAGCUGUGCUGCUUUACUUAAUCAGACAAUAGAGAAGAAAUUAAAAGACAAGUUUGAUAAAAAGUGCUCUCAGGGCAGCUAUUCCAAACAAAAAAAUGAGCGAAUGAGUAACAAGUUAGAUGCUGCUGAACACAGAGAUCACAAGCAGGGUUCAGAGAGGAGGAAUGGAUCAGCUAGGGAACCUUCAAGAUCCUCAUAUGACAGCAUGAAUAUUAAGACCCAAGAACCCAUCUCAUCUCACUACAAACAUUUUCAAAAAUGGAGCAACAUGGAGCGAGACCAGAACACAAGUAAAAAUGAUCAAUAUAGCAGAAGUACGAGUAUGGAUGCCAAAAAUCCCCCUACCACUGUCACACAGAAGUCUUGUAUUUCACCGAAACUGUCUACGACGGUGACAAACCCAAAGAAAUGGAAGAGCUUCACUUCAACCCCCAAGAGCAACAAAUCCGAGCCACCACCAUCCACUCUGAAACAAAUAGGCUCCCUAAAAUCUUUGCCUUUUAAAUUAAAUUUCAAAAUACCAAAAAAGAGUCAGCCUGCACUUGCACACAGCUCACUCGGAAAUAAUAAUAUAGUGUCUUCAAACCAAAACCUCAAACUUAAGGAUAACAAAGACGGCUCUGGAGCGAAGAAAUUGGAGCCAACAACGGUGGAACCUUGCAGGCUUUUGGCUGGUUCCUCCAAUUCUCCUUGUAAAGAACACAGUAAGAGGUCAUCUUUGCCUGACCAUCUCCGAUCUGAAAGCCCACCAGCAAGAGAUGCAAACCCUGAGCAAUUCUUUGAUCAGGGUCAGGUAGCUGAAGAGCUUCAUCUUGCUCGGUCUGAAAAGAGGCUUGAGGUAAAUGUGAAGCAGAGCUACGGUGAACUCACCGGCAUGGACAUAGAUUCUGGUGAGGAAGGAGCCGCAGAAACCAAUGACAGGGUUCCCAAACAGAAAACCCUAAUCUUGGUUCUGGACACCAACAUUCUCCUCAGUCACUUGGAUUAUGUGAAAAAAAUCCAAUCUUGUGGCCUUGAAGCAUUGGGAUUUCCAAUUGUCCUGAUCCCCUGGGUGGUUCUACAAGAGCUGGAUUCCCUUAAAAAUAGAAAAGGUCUGUCAGGAUCGGUCGCCCACCUUGCAACUCCAGCCAUCUCGUUUAUUUACACCUCUCUGAAGAAGCGGGAUCCCCACCUGUGGGGACAGUCCAUGCAGCAGGCCACUCAGAUCAGCAAUGGUCUGAAUACCGAGAAUAAUGAUGACAGAGUGCUGCAGUGCUGCCUGCAAUACCAGAAUAUGUAUCCAGAGUGUGUCCUCAUCUUAUGCACUAAUGAUAAAAACUUGUCCAAUAAAGCUGUCCUGAGUGGAGUGAGGGCUCUUAGCAAGGUUGAUUUGGAGGCAGGGGUCAGGAGGUCAAAACAUGGCCAACAUUUCCUUCUUCACGUUCAGUCUCCUGUGCUGUCUCGUUUGAGCCAUAACAGCUCAUCUCCUGCGUUGAGCACAAGCUGCUCACCAGUCCAGCUUCCCAUUCAGGAUAGUGCAGGUUUUCCUCUAGCCAUCCCAGAAAAAGAUCCACCUGGUAAUUCCCCAUCAGUAAAAGAAGGAAACUUUAAGGAGGCAGAAUGGGACCUCAGCAGAUAUCUGUGUGAACUGGAAGACAGUUUGCGAGAUGUGCUGUCUGAAGUGUUAGAAACCGAGAUGAAGGCGGCUUAUGACGAACUCUGGCAAGAGAUUGUCUUUAAAAAACCUCCCUGGAGUCUUCAAGAUGUCCUUCAGUGUUUUAAAAAGCACUGGAUUGCUGUCUUUGGAUACCUUGUCCCACGGAAUAUGUUGGAAACUGUUGGAAACCUUAUCAACUUCUUUAGCUCAGGUGAAACCGUUUCAACUUUAGGGUUUCUACAAGAAACUAAGGAGUUAGUGAAAGCAUUUGGGAAAAGUUCAAAACUUGUCCCUGGAACCCUCACUGUGAUCGAAAAUAUUUUGAAUAAGGCACAGUCACAGCACCAUUCGUCUGGGGAGCAGGAACUGUCUGCUGGUGAUGUUGUCAUGAAUGAUGACGAGUCUGUAGAAAAGCAGCCAGGAUCGGCUCACAUCUCUUCACAGAAAGUGUGGGCUGUGUUCGAGAAUAUCUGGUCUCAAGUGUGCCAAACUAGUUUGGAAGUGUUCAAAGCGCUCAGCUUUGACCCUCACACUAUGCAGGCCGCUCCACCGAUGGGACGUCGUCCGCCGCCACAGGACGCUGUGGCCUGUUUGCACAGACUGUCCUCGAUGGUUUCACAGCUGCUGCAGGCGUUUGGCAGGGUCUUGUCUUCGACUCCGGGUUUAGAGGAAGUCCAUGCACUUCUCAGUAUUAUUUACUCCAAUAAGCUUGUCAGUGAAGAAGCCAGUUUAACAGCUAAAGACCUCCUGGAUUGUUUCUCCCAACCAGACUACAGGGAGAAACUUGGAGUUGGAGGAAACCAGUUAUUGGAGCUAAAAAAGGCCUUGGAUGGUUGUGUUCAGACCAGAGGGCAGAACUUUGCCUUCACCGCACCAUGCUGAUGAAACUCAGGGUCCCAUUAACAUCAACCACCGGCUGCCUGUAAAAACCUAACCUGUUCCUUCGAUUAAAACCUUUGAUGUUGACAGCAA